GGUUGCGCCGGCCAAGGGUUCUAAAAAAGCAAACAAAGGAUUGCAAUGCAAGGUGAAUCUUUUACCCCGCUUUGAAUUGGAUCCUGGGUUGGGCUACAAAUAUCCUCUGCCCCCCCUUCUGGAACUUGCAAUCCUUCACAUAACACCACUCCAAAUUCAAGCAACCCCAAGAACUCGGAGAUCUACUUUUACACACUCACCCAAUUUUUCCACCAAAAGAAUCAUCUGUCAUCAUGUCAGACAAGGGAAACUUAGGAGGCUCCGGCAAAUCCUCUUCUUACACCCCGUACACCGUCACUGGCAGCGGUACCAACUCUCAAGUAAGUUGUUGAUAAGAUAAAUACUUCCUUUCCAUACUUCUGCAGUAUAACAUAUCUGAUUCUAUUUCUCAGGGCAAUUCCUACGAUACCCGCAGCCAACCGUCUGGUAAUGCUUAUCACUACAGUAACAAUGGUAUGUCCACAGCACUUUCUUUCCUUCUCUUGUUCAGAUGAUAUUUUGUAUGGGAUUCGAGAUUGACAGGGAAUAGAUGGCUCCUACUACUAUUCCAACGGCAACAACUCAACCUAUCACAACAACGGACAAGGUGGUUCUACAUACACUGCCCCCAACGGAAAUGUCUACAAGAAGUAGGAUAGAUUUGUUUGGCAUUUCGGGAUUGCGAUCGGGUUUUUGACGCGGAUGGAUAUUGCUGUCUGCUAAGAGGCGUUUGCAAGUUCUCGAUAUCAGGAUGUGAUGGUUCACCCAAUUUGAUCGGUCCGACUUCUACUCUUGUCUCCGGACAUUGAAAAGUUGGCUUAGCAUGGCGAAAUAAAAUCACUGUUG